ACUGUUACCAGCUGCUGGACUAUUCCAAUCCCUGUCGGAGAAAACACGCGGACCGACAGUCCUUCUCAAUUUUCUUCCUCCCUGUUUACCUCAUUGUGCUUUCUUUUAUUUCACCCUGCUUCUGUCUUGCUCUCUUUUACUCUUUUCCUAAGUGGAUAACUUUUUCUUCUCCCUCCUUUGUUUUCUGCUCCGUUUCACGGUUUUUAUACGCUUUAGCUAUAUAGCAUAGGUAUAUUUAUUUAUUUUUUAUUAGAAAGGAUAUACAUUUCACUUAUUUUUUUUAAUGUUCGUCAAAUGAGAAGACGUAAAAGAUGGAGUUGCAUAUUUUAGAACACAGUUUGAAAGUAGCGAGUAUAGCAAAAGAGGGCAUUCAGAUUUGCACUCAUGGAUUAAUCAAACUCGCCUUCUUGCCCUCUAAAACAAGAUGCAAAUUUUUCAGUUUGACGGAAACUCCGGAGGACUAUACCCUUAUCGUCGACGAGGAAGGCUUCAAAGAACUGCCUGAGUCGGAGCACCUUAGUGUCGCCGAAGCCACGUGGUUGGCUCUCAACGUGGUGUCGGGGGGUGGGAGCACCACCAACUCUCAGCCAAUUGGAGUCACCAAAAUAGCCAAGUCUGUCAUCGCCCCCUUGGCAGACCACAACAUUUCUGUGUUUAUGCUGUCCACCUAUCAGACGGACUUUAUCCUGGUUCGAGAGCGGGACCUGCCCAUGGUCAUGCACACCCUGUCUUCUGAGUUCACCCUGAUGAGGGUGGUCAACGGAGAGACCGUGGCCGCCAACAGCCUAGGAGUCACCAACGGCUUUGUCAAGCCUAAACUCGGCGGACCUGCUCUGACUUUCAGCCAAAACAAGGCCCUAGUGCCCCGUCCCAUCAUCCACCCUCUAUCCAGCCCCAGUAACAUGUUCUGUGUGACCAGCCUGGACCCGGACACAUUGCCUUCGGUGGCCACCCUGCUCAUGGACGUCAUGUUCUACUCAGGCGGGAUAAAGGAGCCUGGGGCAUCUAGCGAGGACACUGGACACAUCCGCUUCUUCUCUUUCUCUCUGAUUGAGGGCUACAUCUCUCUCGUCAUGGACGAGCAGACGACACAGCGGUUUCCCAACAAUGUCCUCUUCACUAGUGCUUCAGGGGAGCUUUGGAAAAUGGUUCGCAUUGGAGGACAGCCUUUAGGAUUUGAUGAAUGUGGUAUCGUGGCUCAAAUAUCAGAACCCCUGGCGACUGCUGACAUUCCAGCUUAUUACAUCAGUACCUUCAAGUUCGACCAUGCCCUGGUCCCAGAAGAAAACAUCCAGAGCGUGAUUGGAGCUUUGAGGACCAAUGAGAGCGCAGGACAGUGAAGGCGAGGUGGAAAGAGCGAUUUAUUAUGUCAAACUCUUACAAAAAAAGAAAAGUGCCAAGAGCGUGGUUCUGGGAAGAGGGUAAUGCAAAGCUUGAGUCGUGUAGACGGAGGGACUGUGUGCGUGUGUGCGUCCGUGUGUAGACAUCCUUUUGUACAACGACCAGCAAUGUGUCCCUCCUAUUCUGAGACGGUUCCAACUACACUCCAAACCACACCCGCCACUCCCUUGAGCAUCCACUCUUACCCCAAACAACAUCCACCUCUUUGGGGACCCAAAGCAAGAGUGACUGCAGUGUUUUUCUCGCUCUAUUUCUUUCUCCUCUCCCUUCCCCUCAGACCAUUUCACCAUGGCAACGUGACCUACCGAAUUUGGGCCUAUUUCUUCGACACCAGCCCCUGAGAUACUGCAAAGCGGCCCUCACCUCCUUUUACUCUUCAUGUGUCACCCACGUGGUCCAUGACUGCCUGUAGUGAUAGGUGUUGCUUUAGUAUACCAGACUUUCCUUCCUAACUUUGCAUUGUUUUUCGCAAGCUGCUCUUUCCAUAACAACCAUACUGUAUUAGUUACCAGUCCUCUUAUGGAAAGAAAGAGAAUGUACUUUACAAACAAUUAUCAAUAUUUCCAUUAUUCUUUGUAUUUAUUUUUCUCAGUGCCAAGAGGUUUUAAAGGCCUAGACCGAUGCCUUGUCUAAUGCUCAGCGUGUGUGCAAUUUCAGAUCAGAUUUUGUCAGGUGGGGAAAUGAAAGACUGGUGAAUGUUGCUUUGUUCUGGUGAUGAGCGUGAAAUGACAUUUACUGACAAAUCACAGAGCCACUGAUCUAUAGAACAUAUCAUAUAAACAGUCUCGUGUGCUAUAUAGAUGCCUAUUUUCAUGUUUCGGGAGAACUAGGUUAUCGCUUUGCGUCGAGUGCCACACCAUGCCCGACUCCAAACUAGUCCUUUACCACAAACUAGAAUAAUAACUUCAACGCUAGUAAAGCCAGCGUGGAGAAGUGGUAGGGGCCUUGUCAUUUAUUCUGUUGUGAAUGUUUUUUUGUGGUCGUGGAUCAUUUGAACCAGCCCUUCAACCCUGUUGUCAGUUAAGGCAAUCAGCCCCCCUCCCCCACCCCAGUCUGCACUUUAAUACAGGUCCAUCUUACUGACCUGCUAUACUGAUGUGAAAACGGUGAAGGCUUAUUUUAUCCUAGCAGGAUUUCUUGAUAAGUGAAGACUUUUUUUUUUUUUUGGUCUUAAACCAUUGGUUGGUAUUUUAUUCUCUGUGACAAGCAAAAGCUUUCUUCGGUUAGCUUUGAUAUACAGAAACCAUGUAUUUAUCAGUGUUAACAUAAAGGGUGACAUUUCUUCUGAUUAAAAAAAAAAAAAACUCUG